CUUUAUCAAUAUGCUACAGUUCAGACAACAACGAGAAACUCUCUUCUGAGGGAUGUAAUUGCUGCUUAUCAAAGAUUCUGUUCCCGACCUCCCAAAGGAUUUGAAAAGUACUUUCCUAAUGGAAAAAAUGGGAAAAAGCCUAGUGACCCUAAGGAGGCUGCUGGAGAAAAAAAAGACUCACAGCCAGCGGCCCCACGGUCUUCUGGAGGUGCAGGUGGUGGGGGAGGGAAGCGUCGUGGCAAGAAAGAAGACUCUCACUGGUGGUCCAGGUUCCAGAAGGGUGACUUUCCAUGGGAUGACAAGGAUUUCAGAUUGUACUUUCUCUGGACUGCUUUCUUUUGGGGUGGAGUCAUGAUUUACUUCCUGUUCAAAAGUUCUGGGAGAGAAAUCACAUGGAAAGACUUUGUAAAUAACUAUCUUUCUAAAGGAGUGGUGGAUAGACUAGAGGUUGUCAACAAGCGUUUUGUUCGUGUGACUUUCACACCAGGAAAAACUCCGGUUGAUGGGCCAAAGCAGUAUCAAGACCUAGGAGCAAAAAUCCCAAAGGGUGCCAUUCUCACCGGCCCUCCAGGUACUGGUAAAACACUGCUAGCUAAGGCCACAGCUGGAGAAGCCAAUGUUCCCUUCAUCACUGUCAGCGGAUCUGAAUUUCUGGAGAUGUUUGUGGGUGUUGGUCCAGCCAGGGUUCGAGACUUAUUUGCCCUUGCUCGGAAGAAUGCCCCUUGCAUUCUCUUCAUUGAUGAGAUUGAUGCUGUGGGAAGGAAGAGGGGUCGAGGCAACUUCGGAGGGCAGAGUGAGCAGGAGAACACGCUCAACCAGCUGCUGGUGGAGAUGGACGGCUUCAACACAACCACCAAUGUGGUCAUCCUGGCAGGCACAAAUCGGCCAGACAUUCUGGACCCAGCCCUUUUGAGGCCAGGCCGCUUCGACAGGCAGAUCUUUAUUGGACCCCCAGACAUAAAAGGACGAGCAUCAAUCUUCAAAGUUCACCUUCGGCCGUUGAAACUAGACAGUGCCUUGGAAAAGGAGAAAUUGGCUAGAAAACUGGCAUCCUUAACCCCAGGGUUUUCAGGAGCUGAUGUUGCCAAUGUCUGCAAUGAAGCUGCUUUGAUUGCUGCAAGACACCUUUCAGAUGCCAUUAAUGAGAAGCACUUUGAACAAGCAAUUGAGCGAGUGAUUGGAGGCUUGGAGAAAAAAACCCAAGUUCUACAGCCUGAGGAGAAGAAGACAGUAGCUUACCAUGAAGCAGGCCAUGCAGUCGCCGGCUGGUAUCUGGAGCAUGCAGACCCACUCUUAAAGGUGUCCAUCAUCCCUCGUGGUAAGGGGCUGGGCUAUGCUCAGUACUUGCCAAAGGAGCAGUAUCUGUACACAAAGGAGCAGCUGCUGGACAGGAUGUGCAUGACCCUGGGUGGCCGAGUCUCUGAAGAAAUCUUCUUUGGAAGAAUCACAACUGGUGCCCAGGAUGACUUGAGGAAGGUUACCCAGAGUGCCUAUGCCCAGAUUGUUCAGUUCGGCAUGAACGAGAAGGUGGGGCAGAUCUCGUUUGACCUCCCACGCCAGGGGGACAUGGUAUUAGAGAAGCCUUACAGUGAAGCCACUGCGAGGAUGAUAGAUGAUGAAGUGAGAAUACUUAUUAAUGAUGCCUAUAAAAGAACUGUGGCUCUUCUCACAGAGAAGAAGGCUGACGUGGAGAAGGUUGCUCUAUUACUAUUAGAAAAGGAAGUAUUAGAUAAGAAUGAUAUGGUUGAACUUCUGGGCCCCAGACCAUUUACAGAAAAAUCCACAUAUGAAGAAUUUGUGGAAGGCACUGGCAGCUUGGAUGAGGACACUUCGCUUCCUGAGGGCCUGCAGGAUUGGAACAAGGAGCGGGAGAAAGAGAAGCAGAAAGAGAAAGAGAAAGACGAGCCCCUGAAUGAGAAGGCUGUCAGCUAGGCCCAGGGCUGGAAGCCGCUUUACCUAGUCCUCUGGGCUUCAGUUUGCAGUUUCAGCAGCAGCCUUCAGAACAGCAGCCCUGGUGCAAAGCCGGCUGCUGACUCAGCUGGCUGUAGGAGUGCCAGCAACUGCCCAGGGCUUUGAAGGGGACUCUCCUGCCCCUCAGCCUUGGCCUCAGGAGCAGUGGCUGGAACAGGGGAGAGAGCACCACCUGCCAAAGCUGUCUUGUGGAAUCUAUUACAUGGUAGAAGAAUGUUUCCCCAUCACCCACUCUCCAUUCCUCCUCCUCUGAUAUCUCUACAGGAGUGCUGUGUGAAAUUCAGCUGGAGUCCCGAUAAGAAUAUUUUGAUUCAAGCAAAUAUUUUAAAAUUUGAAUUCAGAUCACUUAUUGCUGUUUUAAUGGAAUGGUUUUCUAUAGAGAACUGUAACAUAUUUAAAAACAUGAAUGUAUUGUGUAAAUAUGGGUUCUUUACAUCAGAAAUAAAAGGUGGACAUUGUACUUUUUCCUGAA